AAAUACUUAUCGGCUACCACCGAUAAGUAACUAUCAAUAAUAUCUAAAUGCAAUUUUAAUGUUGUCCAAUACUAUUAUCAGUCACACUACGUAGAAGUUUGUUUACUUCGGAAUAAAGAGCAUUUUAAACUGAAAAGCGAAGAAAUCUUAAAAUAUAAACAAUGGCCCACUACAAGGGUGCUGCCAGCGAAGCUGGGCGUGCAGCACAGUUAAUGAAAAAGCGUGAGAUUCAGCAACAAGAAAUUGAGUUUCGUAAGAAAAAAAUAGAGGAGGAGCUGAAGCUAGACAAGAUCGAGAAUAAGUUUGCCACACACUACGAUGCCGUGGAGCAGCAGCUCAAGUCGUCGACCAUUGGUCUGGUCACGUUGGAUGAGAUGAAAGCUAAGCAGGAGGACAUUGUGCGAGAACGUGAAAAAAAGCUGGCGCAAAAGAAAGAUGAGAAAGACAGGGAGAAACAGCGCGCAUUGGAAGCUAUACAGGCAGAAAAAAACAAACAGAAACGACAAAUUCAGGCCCUAUCAUUCAAUAUGGAUGACGAUGAAGAGAAAUCAGAUGAGGAACAUGACAAUGACGAUGAGAAAUUCGAGAAACCAAAACCAGUUAAGUGGACUGAGAUCAAAACUGAAGAAGUACCCAUUAAAAAGAAAAAAAUUUGCAAGAAUCCAGAUGUGGACACAUCAUUUCUGCCUGACCGCGAACGUGAAGAGCAAGAGAAUCGUCUCCGCGAGCAACUGAGACAGGAAUGGGUAAUGCAGCAAGCAGAGCUUAAAGACGAAGAUAUCAGCAUAACUUUCAGCUACUGGGAUGGCUCCGGCCAUCGACGCAAUGUGGUAAUGAAGAAGGGCAACUCCAUCUAUCAGUUUCUACAAAAGUGUCUAGAGCUGCUGCGCAAAGAGUUCAUUGAGUUGAAGACCGUAAUGGCCGAUCAGCUUAUGUAUGUCAAGGAGGAUUUAAUACUGCCGCACCAUUACUCCUUCUACGAUUUCAUAGUCACAAAGGCGCGCGGCAAGUCUGGCCCACUCUUCCAGUUUGACGUGCAUGAUGAUGUGCGCAUGAUAAGCGAUGCCUCAGUGGAAAAGGAAGAAUCCCACGCGGGAAAGGUUUUGCUACGAUCUUGGUAUGAGAGAAACAAGCAUAUAUUUCCAGCUAGCCGCUGGGAGCCCUAUGAUCCGACAAAAUCCUACGACAAGUACACAAUUAAAGAUAAGGAUAAGGACAAGAGCAAAAAAUAAUGUUCAAUC